CAAAAACGUUUAGUUGAUUGACAGUUGUUGAUGAAAAGUACAUAAUAAACGUUAAAAAAUACGAUGGAAGCUUGUUGUGCCGUCGAAAAAGAAGUCGACAAGAUAUUGUCGAAAUUCGAGAGUAUCGGGGAACACGCCAACAGAACUUUGGGAGAGCUAGUUCAAUACAUACAGAGUUUAAAACAUCAAAUUGACAAUGCACCAUCAAAUCACGAAUUAACACCGAUUCAAGUAGACACGUUAAAACAAGCUACGAUAAAAGUAAAAGAAACGAUUUCAAUGUUAUCCGCCGACCACAAAGAUCUCCACGCGACAGUUUCGAGAGUUGGAAAAGUCAUCGAUAAGCAUUUCAUUCAAGAUUUCGCCGGCGCCACUAAAGAGGAUUCAUUUAACACUCCGCAAAAAAUCGAAUUAUUAAAUAAAAUCAUUUGCCAACAUUUUUAUCGGCAAGGAAUGAAAGACGUGGCGCAAGAGCUCGCGAAAGAAUCAAGCGUUGAAGUGGAAUUAAACGAAAAUGAACCGUUCACGGAGUUAAAUCACAUUUUAGAAAGUUUACGAGAGAAAAAUUUACAACCGGCUUUAGAUUGGGCCGUGACUCACCGCGAAAACUUAGAGGCACAAAAUUCAUCACUAGAAUUCCAAUUACAUCGUUUAAAAUACAUUGAAAUUUUAAGAAACGGAUCUGCUAAUGAAACCGAAGCGAUUAAUUAUGCCCGGACUUUUUUUAAACCGUUCGCUUAUAAACACGAAAAAGAAAUUCAAACUUUAAUGGGAAUGAUGUUGUAUGUUCGCAACGAUAUUAACAGAUCUCCAUAUAGUUGUUUGUUAGAUCCGGAUAGGUGGAUGGAUGUUUAUGAUAUUUUUACAAAAGAUGCUUGUUCUUUAUUAGGGGUUAGCGUUAAUAGUCCUUUAUCAACUUGUGUUAAUGCUGGGUGUAAAGCAAUUCCUGCAUUGUUAAAUAUUAAACAUAUCAUGAAAGAAAGGCAGGUAGCAGCUAUUUGGAAUGGAAAAGAUGAACUACCUAUUGAAAUUGAUUUGGGAAAUGAUAGUAGAUAUCACUCAAUGUUUGCUUGCCCGAUUUUAAGGCAACAAUCGACGGAAAAUAACCCUCCCAUGAGGUUAAUUUGUGGUCAUGUUAUAUCCCGAGAUGCUUUAAAUAAGCUUUGCAGUGGAAAUAAAAUGAAAUGUCCCUACUGCCCGAUGGAACAAAGUCCAACCGAUGCUAGAUUAAUCUUCUUUUAACACACUUAAAAAAAACGUUUUUUAUUUAAUUAUUAUGAAAAAAAACAAAACUAAUUUUUUUAUAGUGA